AUGAUGUCUAAGUUCCAGGAAAUAUUCACGUAUCAAGAGAACAACUCGAUUGAUUACAUUCUCCAGAAAUGCAGAAAAAAGCACAGCAAAGGCAGCAGCUCUCAACUGGUUCUUGAAAAACUGUAUCACAGUCUAAGUAUUUACACUGCACCAGUACGGGAAAAAAAAAAUAUGGUUGAACUUAAUGACUUGUUUCUCACCAUCUCGGCCGACAUCAUGAUAACUGAAAAUCUCAUUUUAUUUGACCAACUUGUUAAUGACAUUCUUAAUAAUAAAAAUAAGGAGAAUAUCUUGUCAUUGGCCAUUGAUCUAGGAACGAAGUUUCUAUUACAGUCAACAGUAGAACCAAAGACUAGUUUGAUAACAAUCCGUAGAAAUCAUAUGGAGGGGUCCAAUAUUGACAUAACGGCCCAGACGUUGGAAAUGUGUUUGCAGAAAGACCUGCAAGAUAACGUAUUCUGCGAGAUCCCAAAUUUCUGGGAAUGUUUCUUUGAAGAAAAGGAUUGGACUGACCAGGCUUCUCGUAUAUGGGAAAGCUACGAUAAGUAUGAGAUUGCUGAGAAGAAAAUAAGAUCGAAAGAGCUUAAAGCAAAAAAAUCCGCAAAAGAUGUCGAGGAACAGAAAUGUCUCCAUAGAGACAAGGAAGAGAAAAUCCUUGAAGAAGGCAUGACUGAAAGUGAGAUAUGGGACUGGCUCACCUUCUUUGAGGAGAAUUUCAUAAGUCAGCUCAAAGGUCGCACAACAAGAUCAACAAAAUACCCCAUAGUCAUCGAAGAUAAGGGCUCCCUUCUGCGAGGGCGCUAUUGUCGCACAAAUAGGACGCAACGUGCUCAGGAGCAGACGGGUACUACUCAGAUUGACUUCCUGAUAAAAAGUAUUGAAUUACAGAACGAUAAUGUUGACUGGAGAAAUAUGAAUGUCGGGGCUGAGUUCACAAUAAUAUCGAGUGAAGACAUAAGAAAGAAAAAGCUCCUUCAACUAUCAAGAUGUGCUCGUGAAGUAUAUUGCGCUCAGCCCCUACGGCGAUUUAUGCACGGAUUUCUGACGUUUAAAGAAGAAUUCGAACUCUGGGUUUUCGAUCGCUCGGGCGCUUACAGCUCGGGCAGAAUGAGUAUUAUAGAUAGGAAGGAGAUUUUCGUGCGAGCAUUAUGCUCGUAUUUGUUGAUGAGCGAUGAGGAACUUGGCCGUGAUAUGUCAGUCCUGCAGAUGCAUGGAAAUUCAAUCGCAAGUUUCACAGAAAGUGAUGGUAACUCAGACCUAAUAUUUGAGAUCAAACCUAAGCCUGUCAUACAGUCAACGACCCUGGUCACUCGAGGGACAACCUGCUAUAAGACGAUGGACGAAUCAACUAUGAUAAAGUACUCGUGGAGCAGGUCUGCGGACAACGCCGAAGUUGGAUUCAUGAAGGAUGCACUCCAAGUACCAGGUGUCGUGAAGUACAUUGCAUCACAGUUAGUGUAUCAGACUAACAGUCACCUGGGAAGUCUCAAUCUUUCCGGCGCCAAGCCAUGGGAUUUGAAGGCCGACGGCCAAAAUGUAACCCGUGGAUCUAGUUACCAUAUCAUGACUCAACCGUCUUUGGAAAGAAAUCGGUUUCUUUUCAGGAUUGCAAUGAAACCAUGUGGCAGAAAAAUCGACACAUGCGGGUCUAUCCUUGAUUUUGUGGCCGGAAUUAGAGAUGCAAUCAAGGCUCACCAGAGGCUUGUCGAUAUUAGUAUCCUACAUGGAGAUAUCUCGGAAGGAAACAUUAUCCUGAAAGAUCCAACAAUAGAUGACGAUUCCCAUGGUAUGCUGAUUGACUUUGAUUGUUCCGUGAAGUUGAAGGGAAACGUCGCUGAGGAUGAAGAACUGUUCUUGACAGGCACCGUGAAGUUUAUGGCAAUUGAGAGAUUAAAAGCCGCUGCAGCUUUAAAGCCUACCAUCCGACGAACAUAUCGCCACGAUCUAGAAUCAUUCUUCUAUGUGUUUGUUGUAGGAUGCAUAGAGUACGAAUCUGUAGAUGAGGCUGAGCUUCGAAAUCUAGACAAAUGGUGUAAGGGUGAAAUUGAUACUUGCUACUCGUCUAAAUAUACGGAUAUUUUAGAUCUUGAAAUAAUUCUCGAUAAGUUCACGCCAAGUUUCGUAGGACUAAAGGAGCUAGCCAAGAGCUUACGGACAAUUCUGUUUAAGGAUGGAACUUUUUUGGACACACCUGAAGAUCGUGGAUCAAUGUACAGGAGAAUGAUCAUGGCUUCUGACGAAACUAUCGAGGACAUAAGAGGUAAGAUAUAUUCAUGA